AUGACUUCAAACGAGAAGGUUCCCUCAGAAGACAUUGUUUCGGUCAAUGUGGUACGAGCGGGUUCGUCUUACGUUUCCAUGGAAGUGAAGGGUGUGUCCUUAGUUGCACGAAUAGAUUCGGGGGCUGAAAUAAGCAUCUUGUCAUCAACGAUAUAUGACAAAUUUGUACGUAAACCAGGAAAAUUGAAAGAUGUGAAUAUGAAGAUGGCGGAUGGUACAGUACUGUUGGGCUUUAUUGUCCACCCUGUUAACAUGAAGAUAGGCAGACAGACUUUCAAAGAGCGGUUAUACGUAGCACCCAUCAGUGAUGAAAUGCUUCUGGGACAUGACCUUUUACUACAUUUGGGAGUGUUGUUGGAUCUGAAAUCUGAUACACUGGUUAUCAAUAAUGAACAUAUCCCACUGAAUACACAUUUCAAGGAUGGCCAUCCGGUGGUGGCGAGAGUGACCAUCGCGAAACGAACCGUGGUUCCACCAAACUCCGUGGUCAGACUAAAGUGUGAUAUGAGUGUUCAGAUGAAGGAUUACUUUGUGGAGCCAAAGACCGAUAUGAAGUUGGUUGUGCCCAGGGUUGUUAGACAUGGUGGUGAUUGCCCUGUGGUGAGUUUUAUAAACCCUACAGAGAAUUACCGUGUUUUGAAGAAGGGUUCAAUCAUUGGAAAUGCUUAUGAGUGCUCAGAGUUUCAAGAGGAUCCAUUUUGUGAACAGUCUGCUGAUGUCACUUGCUCUACCGUCAAGGAAGGGGAAUUGUGUAACCACCAGGGUGAAAUAGGACCGAUGGAGGUGCCUAGCCAUUUACAGGAAAUGUACGUUAAGUCAAUUGUCGGUUUAAAUGAAGAACAGGCAAAGGAGUUGGCUAAACUUUUGUGUAAUUUCCAAGAUGUUUUUGCCAAAGACGAGUAUGAUCUUGGGAGUUUCAAUCACAUUGAACAUUCAAUUGACACAGGUACAGCGAAGCCAGUUAAGCAAAGGAUUCGAAGGACGCCUGCUUGUUUUGCUGAAGAAGAGGCGGCACACCUGAAAAGAAUGGUAGAUGCUGGUGUGAUACAGGGGUCGACCAGUGACUGGGCAUCAGCACCAGUGUUGAUACGGAAACGCGAUGGUACCGUCCGCUGGUGUAUAGAUUAUCGUGAAUUGAAUAAUGUGACAGUGAAGGAUAGCUUUUUACUGCCGUUAGUGGAAGAUUGUUUGGAUACGCUGUCAGGGCAUGUGUGGUUUUCUAAACUCGAUGCGAAUUCAGCGUACUGUUAA